UGUAUGUAUGACGGAUUUUGAUCCCAUCAAUGCAGAUUUCGGGACGGGCCUAGAUUGCAUGGUUGGUCUCUUUCAUCUCAUUUCAUACUAAUCUUGCACGUGCGUGUGUCUCUCCAUUUGUUAUACAGAGCCGCAGCCACGCGUUCGUACCUUUCUGAAUAGUACUUCUGUGGUUCUCGUCCAACUAGGUUACUUUGCUGCCUCACCUUAUCUCACCUCACCUCACCUCAUAUUUAGAAAGGCUGAGUGAACCAUUGAAGCAGAUAUGGGCGACAGUGCCGCGCAUCAGGUGCUAAUCGCCGGCUCAAUAGCAGCCUUCACCGUCGACCUCCUCGUCUACCCCCUCGACACAAUCAAGACCCGUAUCCAAAGUCAAGAUUACCAGGAUGUCUACGCUUCCCAGAAACAACACUCUACCAUAAAGGGAACACUGGGAAUCCAGCCUCCCAAGGCAGCCUUAUUCAGAGGGCUGUACCAGGGAAUAGGCAGUGUGAUCUUUGCUACUUUGCCUGCUGCCGGCGUCUUCUUCUAUACCUACGAAUCCGCCAAAUCCUUUCUCUCCAAGACCCUCCCCACAUCCAUCCCGACACCCUUCACCCACUCCCUCGCCUCUGCGGGAGCCGAAUUAGCCUCCUGCCUCGUCCUCACGCCCGCCGAAGUAAUCAAGCAAAACGCACAAGUGCUUCAACGGUCCACUACUAGCGGCAGGAAACCCAAAUCAACCUCCCUCGAAGCCCUCAACAUGCUUCGCCACAGCCCAGAUGGCGUAUGGAGACGACUGUUCUCGGGCUACACAGCGCUGGUAGCGAGAAAUCUGCCGUUUACGGCGUUGCAGUUUCCCUUGUUUGAAAGGGUUCGAAGAAGGAUAUGGGAGGUUCGGGAUCGGGAUCGAGGGAAGGGGUCUGAACAAGAAAGAAGUCUGGUCGAAACGGGAUUGGUCACCGGACUCUCGGCCGCCAUGUCAGGGUCGCUGGCAGCGUUUGUGACGACGCCUACGGAUGUUGUCAAGACGCGGAUGAUGCUUGCGGCGGGGGGGAAACAACAGCCGGAGUCGUCUGGGGAAGUGCUCGACAAAGGUCGCCAGCACAAGAGCAGCAAGAGUACGAGCGGGUUGCAGGUCGCAAAGGAGAUUGUGCGGGAGCGAGGGAUCCGAGGGUUGUUUCGGGGCGGCGCGCUGCGCACGGCGUGGGCGGCCUUCGGCAGCGGCCUUUAUCUCGGGUCGUAUGAGGUCGCCAAGGUGUGGUUGAAAAAGGAAUGAUAGAUGCUCUCCAGAUGGCAGGCUGGUAAACUCGCUGGAGAGUGAUCUGUUGCGGGCAGGGGAAAGCGAGUGUUCGAGAACGUCAUCCGCGUGGAAUUGCGCCUUGUAUGGUUCCAAAUACCAUGAGCAAGAGGGGGAUUAACGCUGGAAGAUAUGCCCGACAAGGUUUGACUUCUCCAGUAUCGAUCAUC